AUGGCAGCUUCUACCGCGAGUUAUCAUCGACGCCAAUCUCGAAGAGAUGCCAAGGAAGUUAUAAAUCGACCUAAGGUAGAACUAAAUGAAUACAUUUUAAGUGAAAAAUUGAAGGAUAGGCUUCAACAGUUACAUUCGAAUGCACCUGAAAAUCAUAAGAGAAUAUUUAAAGAAUACAUAGACGAAUUUGAAGACAGGCAGCGUACUGGUAGCCGGAAAAGCUCAGCAGCUCCAUUUUCUAAAGCUAUAACAUCACAUCGACUUGAUUUUAAGUAUCAAUUUCAACCACCAGCCAAUAUUCAAAAGCCAAAACACAGCCAGAUGUUGCCAUCAUCAAAUGCUGAAGUAGAUAAAACACUUGGCAAAACUGUUUAUGAGGUAGAACAUGAGCAAGUAGCAAAAUUUACUCCAAGAAAACUAGAACCAUUGAAAACAAGUAGUACUAAAAACAAUCCUCAUCCGCUAAAACCUUUUAUGGAUUGGCAAUUGAAACCUAAUGUAGAAGAUGGUCAGCAAUCGCCGUUAAUUGAGCAAAGUCUAUAUGAAAUGGUCCAACGUGACAAAAAUCAAUCGACCUAUCGUAAAGAUUUUACACCCUCAAUGCCUGAUAUGCAAAGAUUAGCUAGCGCAAGAAAAAUGAUAUCUAGUCGUCAACCCAAAUAUGACGAAGACACUUGGAAAAGUAUUACCAAUGCAACGUUUAAAUACAACAAGCUAGAUCAAUCACUCUUGAAUCCAGUAACACGAUUUGGGUCUAAUCCACAUAUAAAAAAUUAUGCAGUUGGCAUAUCAAAGGGCUUCGAAUUGCAUUUAGCAUACCUAAACGAUGUUUAUAAGGGAGUUAUUAAAGGCAUGAUUGUGGAAAGAUUAGCUUGA